AUGCCGGUGGAGCAGAAGCCCAUCCGACGAAGGUCUCCGUCCCGAGUUCGCAGAAAGUCUGAGAGGAAUGUGAAACACUUGGAGCUUCUGGUGGUGGUCGGUCCGGAUGUCUACCAGUUCCACCAGGAAGACACGGAGCGGUACAUCCUCACCAUCCUAAACAUUGCAGCCGAGCUGCUUCGAGACGCCUCGCUGGGAAUCCAGUUCCGCGUUCAUCUCAUCGGAAUGAUUGUCCUCACGGAGCCCGAGAGCAGCAUCCGUCUGUCCUCCAACAUCACCGAUUCGGUCAUAAGUGUUUGUGAGUGGAGCAGGAGCGUCCACCCGGAGAACGACUCCGAUCCUCGCCAUGCGGAUCUUGUCCUCUACGUGACCAGGUUCGACCUGGAGCUUCGCGAUGGGAACAAGCAGGUGCACGGUGUCACCCAGCUGGGUGGAGCCUGUUCCACCUUUUGGAGCUGCAUCAUCACGGAAGACACAGGGUUUGGCCUGGGGGUCACCAUCGCCCACGAGAUCGGGCACAGCUUUGGCAUCCAGCAUGAUGGGGAAGGGAACCCUUGCCCCAGCAGCGGACACAUUAUGGGUUCUGCGGGCGGUCAUAACAGCGUCGAUGUGACUUGGUCUUCCUGUAGCCGGGAGCAGCUCUUAGCCUUCAUCAGUACAGGCCAAGCCAGCUGUGUGGAUGACCUGCCAGACUUCACGGAGACCAUCCCUGGAAGGAAGCCAGGCCUGUAUUAUGGGCUAGAUGAGCAGUGUAAAAUAGCUUUCGGGGAAGCCGCCAUCGCCUGCACCUUCACCCGGCACGACCUUGACAUGUGCAAAGCUCUGUCUUGCCACACCAAUCCAGCCGACCAGUCCAGCUGUACCCGGCGUUUCUAUCCCCUCCUGGAUGGCACCGAAUGUGGGCUCAACAAGUGGUGUUCCAAGGGUCGCUGUAGCUCGUCGGAAGAUCUGGAUCCCAUACAUGGGCAGUGGAGCAGCUGGACGGCGCUUACCUCCUGCUCCAGAAGCUGCGGAGGGGGCGUCACAGCAAGACGGAGACAGUGCAACAACCCAAGGCCUGCUUUCGGGGGCCACCCGUGUGAAGGCAAGGACGUGGAAGCUGAACUGUGUAACGUGCAGUAUUUUAGCUUGGGUGAUGGGUCCAUCUGUAUUGUAUCGUUCUGCCCAUACCCGGAGUUCACCACCGGCGUCGCCCUCCCACUUCCAGGAGAUCUGAUGUGCAAACACAUGUGUCAAGCGUCCGGGAAGAACUUCAUGGUGAGACGCGGGGACCGAUUCAUCGAUGGGACGAAGUGCGAACCCGACAGCCCGGAGGACGGAGGAAAACCGGGAUGGUGUUUGACAGGCCGCUGCAAGAUGUUUGGGUGUGAUGGCAGAAUGGACUCUGGGAAGAGUGCGGACGCAUGCCAGGUGUGUGGCGGAGACAACACGACCUGUUCCCACGUCAACGGUUCUUACACAGAAGGAAAAGCCAGAGAGUACGUUACCUUCCUGGUGCUGCCUCCGAACACCACCACGGUGCGGGUGGUCAACCGGAAGCCUCUCUUUACGCAUUUGGCGGUGAAGGUCGGAGGGCAGUACGUGGUGGCGGGAAAGGGCGCCGGAAAGGGCAGCAUCUCUUACAACACCACCUUCCCUUCCGUCCUGGAAGACAACCGGAUCGAAUACAAGGUCUUCCUCACCGAGGAUCGCCUGCCUCGCUGGGAGCACGUUCACAUGACGGGACCCCUGCAAGAGGCCGCAGAGAUCCAGGUUUAUAGGAAAUACGGGAAGGAAUAUGGGGCCAUCACCAACCCAGACAUCACCUUCAGCUACUUCCGACCAAACGAGAAGCAGGCAUACGGGUGGGCUCCCCAGCUUGGUCCCUGCUCAGUGAGUUGUGGGGAAGGUAAGGGGCGUUCAGCCCUCGAUCCUGCCGUCUCUCCUUGCUGGUUGGCCGACGACUUUGGGCCCUGUAGUGCCACCUGUGGCGGUGGCACGAGGCAGCGUCUGGUUCACUGCGCAAAGGAAGAUGGAGGACGGAUCCUGACUCUGCCAGAUUCAGAAUGCACGGAGGCUGCUCGGCCUUCUUCCAUUGAGUCCUGCAGCUCCGAAUUGUGCCCUCCCAGGUGGAAAGAAUCGGAGCCGGGCCCAUGCUCUGCCGUUUGCGGGGUGGGAGUCGCCUCGUUGAACGUGACCUGCGUUCAAGUCCGUGACGGCUUGGAAACCAUCGUGGAGGAAAGCUUCUGCUCGGCAGAUGAGAAACCCCUCGACGUGGCGCCUUGCGUGGUGAACGUUUGCCCACUAGGGUGGGACACGAAAGAGGUGCCUGAUUCAGCAUCUUCUGACCCGUUUUGGCCUCCUCGUAUUGAAAACCGGCCAGUGUACAUCUGGAGCCCAGUGGCUGGAGACUGCACCGUCACUUGCGGAGGAGGGUUGAUGCUGGUGAGUUACGUCUGUCUGGUUUUUGACACUCGAGAAGAAGCUAAGGCGGAGCGUUGUAACCAGACGCGGAAACCGUCAAGCCAGCUGGAAGUGUGUAACCCCAUGCUAUGUCCCCCAAGCUGGGAGGUAAAGGAACUUGCUCCGUGUCCCGUCACAUGCGGUGGAGGAAGGAUCCCUCUCCUGGUACGGUGCAUCCGGCAGCAUGGAAACGCCACCAAGACGCUCCCGCACUCGAAAUGUGGCAGGACGCGCCGGCCGGCCAGCAGCAAGGAAUGCGCUACUGAACCUUGCCCGGCGAGGUGGUUCUCCAAGAAGGGUGCCUGCAGCGCCAGCUGUGGCGGGGGCGUCUUGCACAAGGUGCGGUACUGUGCGCGGGAGACGGGAGAGAAGAAGGAGGAAGAGAUUCUGCCAGACGCCCACUGUGAGAAUUUGCCUCAUCCCGAAGAACAGGAAGCGUGCAAUCCGGAACCCUGUCCUCCAAGGUGGAAAGUCACAAGGACCGGUCCGUGUUCCUCUUCCUGCGGGCUUGGGGUGGCCACCCAAACCAUCGCUUGCGUGCAGUCUUCUGGAAGCCAAGAGGUAGAGCUGGCCGACGACUCGUGCCCGGAAGCAGAGAAGCCUCUCGCUAGCCUGCCCUGCGUCGUCCGGGAGUGCUCUUACGAAUGGGGAUUCACCCAGUGGACGGAGUGUUCUGUUUCCUGUGGAACCGGGGUCCAGACGCGGAAGGAUUUCUGCCUUAAUUCCCAGACCAGGGCACGGGUGAACCCCGCCUGGUGCAUGCGCACCCCCAAGCCCUUGAGGGUGAGGACAUGCUCCGUUGCCCCGUGCUUCGCACCGGCCUCAGCAGACACGACUCUUGCGGGUCUCCAAAGGCAGCCGACCGCUCCGGGUUGGCGCACGACACCUUCCACGACCACCAGCCCCGCCAGAUCACGAUCCAGGGCUUUAGGUUUUCCACAACUUGCUGUGUCUCCCAAGCACUUGAAAGAGACAGACUGGGAAGAUCCUUCGGAGGAGCACGGUGUGUGUGGGAGACUCUUCCUUGGUGCCACGGGGCUGAUCAAUAUGACCGGGCUACGAGUGAGGGACUGCGCCGUGGCCAUCGGCCGCCCCCUGCAAGAGAUCAUCACCCUCCGGGUGCUUGAGAGUACCCUGAACUGUACUGCAGGCGAGAUGCUGCUGUUUUCUACACGGACGAUGUGGCGGACAGGAUGUAAGAAACUGGGGCUCUUGGUGAUCAACAACACCAAGGCCAACACGCUGAUGGUGCGACAGCGGCUCCUGGUGCCGGGAAACGGAGUCGUGCUCCAGUACAGCAGCCAGGCUGCCCCAAAGAGAUACCACCAAGACUGCGAUGUGCAAUUGUUUGGCCCUCGUGGAGAAAUAGUAAACCCCGGGCCGCCCGCAGACGGCGAAUCGCCAGCGUCUUGCAGGACCUUUAUCGAUGUGGCUCCACGGCUUCGUAUCGCCAUUCGUGCUGUGAACGUGGACCUGGGAACCGACGCCGGCCAAAGACCUUCUGGUUAUAUCUUGAUUCGAGAUGUCAGCACCAUGAAAACCACCGUCUUCCGCGGAAAUCAGCUGUUCUACUGGGAAUCCACGGGGAGCCGGGCUGAAAUCGAAUUCAGUGCAGAAUUGGCCCACGUCCCUUUCCGAGCGGAGUACUGGGUGACCAAGCCCAAAUAAACACCGCCCUGCAGACAUUCCACGAUUUCUCUCUGGGUGACCCAAGGACUCUGAACACCCUUGUAUGUUAUGUAGAAGAGGGGAAACUGGCAGGUACAGGUUUACGUGCAGAAAGGAGGAAGGAGUUCCAUCUGUUAAAAUUCCCCUUUCCAGAACUCUGGCCGAUGCUGAAGCCCCGCAUUUGAUCCGAUUGCUGAGAAAGGGGAGGGAGAGGGCCUUACGGUCGCCUCUGCUAUAGCUAAGAGGGGGACCCACUCCCAAAAUCUGGAUGCUCUUUCCGACAAGGUGCUUGCAUGCCUUUCAUUUCCUCAUCAAACCCUAAUCUUCCCAGCAUUUUGUCGCAACAUCUGGACGUUCCAGGUGUUUUUUGUGUGUGUCUACUUUUUUAGAGUUGUGCCAAGAGCCAGCAAGUAGAAAGAAAAUAAUGUAAAGUGAGGAAGAGCAGACGGAUAACGUGUCAGAGAAUCUAUAUAGCAACCCCUCGGAGAGUAAUGAAGGGGUGAAGCAGCUCAGCGCUAAACCACUCACUAUCAGAACUUCAGUCUUGAUAAACCGUCAGUAAAUCCUAUGAAUUUUCAGAAUAAGACAAGAGGGAUAAAUACAGUUCCACGUGACCCCUCUGGACGAAACUUCAUCACCUUUAAUUACCCCCCUUUUAAAAAUUAAACGGAUCUUCCUGCUUCUCUCGGCUGCUAAGCUGACAUAUAGUAAAAUUGUCAUAUGGAUAUGAACUUAACGGAUUAGCCAGAAAUUAAAGUGUUUUCCAUUCUGGAUUCACUGGCCCGGAGUCAGCCGCUUUUUUGCCUCUUAACUGCAAAAACUUAAUUAUUUCAGGUGCCUCUCCUUUGGAAGUAAAUGUUUA